AUGAAGGCAGAAUAUCCAAGUAGGACGCGAGCCAGGGGAUCCAGGUAUAAAGUCCAGCUCGACGACGGCCAGAAACCAUCAACUCGAAUUCUCUUCAUCAUCCACAUAUCCUCACAUAACACCCACUAUCAACUCAAUCUUAAUAAGAUGAUGUUCCCUAGCACUCUUUCGCUCGCUGCUGUUCUUGCCGCCUGCUCCGUGGCGUUUGCGAGCCCUGCCGGCGCGUCUACUACGACGGUCACGUUUAUCAAAAGCAUCAACACCGUGGCAUACGACACUACCACUACGGUCACCGCGACUUCUUAUGCUACGUCUACCGUCCCGAGAACCACAACGUUCACUAGCACCACGACGACUACGACUGUAAGGCCGACCACAACCACGACUUACGUGUUGGUAUAG